AUGGCAGUAAACAGCGACAUUGAUGAAUUAAAAAAAGAAAUAGAAAAACUAAAAUUGGAAAAUGCCAACUUGAGGAAAAACGCCACAUUAUCUGCUAAUACUCAUUUACCAAUAAGCAUAGCUGAAUAUAGUCGGUAUGGAAGACAAAUGAUUUGUGAAGAAUCUAAUGGCAUUGAGGGCCAAUUAAAAUUAAAAAACAGUAAAGUUUUGUUUAUUGGUGCUGGUGGAUUAGCAUGUCCUGCUUUAGCCUACUUAGCAGGCGCUGGUAUUGGUCAUAUUGGUAUUGUUGAUGAUGAUGUGGUGGAAAACUCCAACUUGCAUCGUCAAAUUUUGCAUGACUCCACCAAAGUUGGAAUGUUAAAAUGUGAAAGUGCUAAAGAAUAUAUAACCAAAUUAAAUCCACACAUUAAUGUUACCACCCAUCCAGUUAGGUUGGACAAUUACAACGCAUUUAACAUUUUCAAGCAAUAUGACAUAAUUUUGGAUUGUACGGAUACUCCAAUAACAAGGUAUUUGAUAUCUGAUGUGUCUGUUAACUGUGGUAAAGUUGUAGUAUCUGCAUCAGGAGUAGGUACAGAAGGUCAAUUGUGCAUUUUAAAUUUUGCCGACGUUGGACCUUGUUAUAGGUGUUUCUAUCCAACGCCACCGCCCCCAAAUACAGUAUCUUCUUGUUCGGAUGGUGGCGUUAUAGGCCCAUGUAUUGGUUUGGUUGGUGUAAUGAUGGCUGUGGAAACUAUGAAAUUAAUAUUGGGGGUUUAUACUGUUGAAAAUUUUAAACCGUUUUUAUUACAAUAUUGCGGUUUCCCAAACCAAACUUUAAGAAGUUUUAAAAUGAGGUACAGACAGGCAACUUGUGCAUGUUGUGGAGAUGCCGCACAUCGCAAAAUUUCUCAGGAAAAUAUAGAAUCUGGUGAGAUAAACUAUGGUAUUUUUUGCGGAUCCAAGAAUUAUGAUGUUUGUCAAUCAUCGGAAAGACUGAAUAUUCAAGAUUUUUAUAAUGAUUAUUACAGAAAAGAUCAAAAGGCAAAUGGUCAUUUGUUAUUAGACGUCAGGCCCCGUCAUCACUACCAAAUUUCACAUCUACCAAACAGUUAUAAUGUUACUGUUAAAGAGUUGAAACAAAUGAAUGGUGAUCUAACUCUUUUGAAAAGGGAAAUCCCAGAAGUGAAUAAAGAUUCUGAGAUCAUUGUUAUAUGUAGACGUGGAAAUGACUCACGGUUAGCUACAAGGUUGUUAAAAGACCAAUUUGAAAUACCUAAUGUGAAAGAUGUAAUCGGCGGGUUUUUUAGAUACAUUGAUGAGAUAGAUCCUCAAAUACCAAAAUAUUAA